CUUACUAAUUAAUACCGCACCUAUUAUUUAUAAUGGGAAAAGAAAAAGGUGGAUUUUUAACUCCCAAGGCUAUCGCAAAUCGCAUUAAAUCGAAAGGUUUGCAAAAAUUACGAUGGUAUUGUCAAAUGUGCCAGAAGCAAUGCAGAGAUGAGAAUGGUUUCAAAUGUCAUUGCAUGUCAGAAUCUCAUCAAAGACAACUAUUGCUGGUUGCAGAGAAACCAGGUGCCUUCAAUGACCAUUUUUCAAAUGAAUUUUUGAAAGAGUUUAUGGAGUUAUUGAAGCGUCGUUUCAACACUAGAAGAGUUCACAACAAUGUGGUUUACAACGAAUAUAUUGGAUUCAAGGAACAUAUUCAUAUGAAUUCAACAAAAUGGGUCACACUUACUGAAUUUACAAAGUGGCUGGGACGUGAAGGUUAUUGCAAGGUUGACCAAACAGAGAAAGGAUGGUUCAUACAAUACAUUGACAGAGAUCCUGAAGUUAUUAGAAGGCAGAAAGAACUCGAAAAAAUUAAAAAAAAGGAAAAAGACGAUGAUGAAAGACAUGCAAGAGCUAUUGAGGAUAUGGUUCGUAGAGGUAAAGAGAGAGAUGGGGAUGAAAAUGAACUAGAAUUACCUUCAACGAGUAACGAAUUGCAGAGGGAAGAUGAAGAUCAAAAAAUAACUUUUGCAAUGCAGACCCCGUCUGUCUCUUCCAAAAAAGCCUCUACAGCAGCCAAACCGAGGGUUGAUAUUGCAAAAUCUGAGAAAGUGUUUAAUUCAGCGUCAGGACAAUAUCAUAAAAUGAAUAAUAAGAAGCGGAAGAAGACAGCUUUAGAAGAAAUCAUGGAUGAGGAAGAGAAAAAACGCAAAAUUGUCAAAAAGACUGACUACUGGUUGACCACUGACAUUAUUGUAAAAGUUAUAACAAAAAGAUUAGGUGAAAAAUAUCAUAAAAAGAAAGGUGUUGUAUUAGAUGUUACUGAAAAAUAUACCGCAAUUAUAAAGAUGAUCGAUACUGGUGCCAAGAUUAAGGUCGACCAAAUGCAUGUUGAAACUGUUUUGCCAGCUUUAGGUAAAACUGUUCUUAUCCUAAACGGAGCAUAUCGCGGAUCAACUGCAACUCUUGAGAAUGUAAAUGUUGAACAAUUCAAUGCCACUGUCAAAAUAUCUGAGGGCCCACUUGCUGGUCGAAAAGUUGACGCCAUUCCAUAUGAAGAUAUUAGUAAGAAGCAUGAAUCGUUAAGAUGAAUGAAUGUGGAUUGCAUAUUUUUCAACAAUUAAUUUGAUAAAACAUGUUUACAUAGGGCAAUGGGGAAGUUUUGAUGCAACUCUUAUUGCAGUCGCAAACCUCCUAUGGUUAUACCUGAUAAGCAAAUUUUUUAAUGAUUUUGAAUUAAAUCAAUAUUUUAUAAAUA